UGCCAUAGAUCGGAGGUCGAAGAACAAGAACUAUCCGCUCAGACAUCGACCUUACAUUGCACAUUGGGAUGAGCGCGAGGGACACAUAGUUCAGGGCACUCCUUUUAGUGGUCGUACUCAUGCCUUUGACGAGUAUAUGAUAUGGUUUCGUCGCAUCACGAGGUUACGCCUGACGAAUCCAUCGAGGCGACCACCUUCUACACAUUAUCAGCCUGCGUCUGCAGAUAUAGUACUGGCACAUACUUUAUCUGAUAUUGCUCAUAGGUGCGGUACUGUGCUAGAGGCUUCUGAGUCAUUGCCUCCAGAUAUGGUGCGUGACUUGUAUGCGCAGACAUUGCAGACUAUGAGGGGACUGUGUGUUGAUGCUGUUGGCCGAGCUGGACAUGGCCACAUCGUACAGGGCGUGCCUACUUCUGCUGGAUAUACAUCGACUUCUACAUCUUCUACGUCUGCUGCCCAUAUAUCUACCACGUCAGCUUUGCUUUCACCUCCAGUCACUCAGAGGGCCUAUCGACGACGUUCUGACACUACUCCCCUUCUCUUGAUGCCAUUGCAGAGACUCAUGAAACCACACCUAGCUCAUCUACACCUUCACAAAAGAAGAAGAGAGGGUUUUAGAAGUUUCAUUUAUUGUUUAUGUAGUUAGUUAACAUUAUUUUCUCACUCUAACUUGUAACUAAAUUUUUUUUACAUACAUUUGAAUGUGUAUGAACUUGGUGAUGAGUGAUCAAUGUGUGGCUUAUAUUUGGUGUUGUUGAAUGGAAUUUGGUGCUGGAAUUGCAGGUUGGAUAAUGUUGAAAUUGGAGGUUGGAUAAUUGUUUGGAAUUGCUGGAAUUGCAGGUUAGAUGUUUGUUUGGGAUUGCUGGAAUUUUUUUGGCUUUCUGGCAGUUGGCCAAUUAUGUGGGAAACAAUGUAGUGAGUUGUGUAGUGGGUACAAAACCGCUACUCAGAGUAGCGGUUUUAAUGAAUGAACCGCUACCUGGAGUAGCGGUUUACCCGAGGGAGGAAACCGCUACUCUGAGUAGCGGUUCAUACAUUUAAACCGCUACUCUGAGUAGCGGUUUAUGUGAAUGAACCGCUACUCGGAGUAGCGGUUUUGUUUGAAGCAAACCGCUACUCUGAGUAGCGGUUUACCUCCGUUAAAAAAAAAAAAAAAACUUUUUUUCGCGUGCCGUCCUACGUGGACGGUACGUUGGGAAAUAAAACUUUUUGUGGCACAUUUUGGGAAUUAAUCCCCUUUUUGGCAUUAUUGAAGGAAAAAAUUCAAAUAGUUUUGCUACAUUUAUUUAAUAACAUUAGAAUAUGUUUCAAAUGUACCUAAUAGACCAAAAGGAUAAGUCAUGUAAUAAACUUAGCUCAGUUUGUGAACGCAGAACGCUUGGAAAACCAGGGGCGAUUGCCCUGAAGAACAGAUAUAUGCAUGGGAGUGAGUGGUGAGUGGUGAGUACGGAGUAUCUUUUGGAAAACAACAUGCACCAAACUUUUCCAAUCAUUCUCAUUAUUUAUA